AUGGCCGAACACCACUACAAGUUCAACGUGACAAUGACCUGCGGGGGCUGCUCCGGCGCUGUCGAGCGCGUGCUCAAGAAACUCGAUGGAGUCAAGGACUACAAGGUGUCGCUGGACACGCAGACCGCCGACGUGACCACGGAAGACUCGGUGUCUUACGAAACAGUGCUCGAGAAGAUCAAGAAGACUGGCAAGGCGGUGAACUCGGGCGAGGCGGACGGUGUCGCCAUGUCCGUGUGA